CCCUCCCUUCCAUGCCAUCUCCAACCCACACAUUUCUUCUACUUUCUUCAACUUCUUGCUCCGCCUGGUAUACCAGCGGAUCGUCUCAUUGUGUGCUCGCUCUUCCCGAUCAGCGAUUAUACCUUCUCGUGUUCUUUUGCUUUAUCAAAUCUACCUCUUGCAUGCUAUGGAGUGUUCAAACCUUUUCAAGAGAAAUGCUGAAGUUGGAAAGAUCAAGGAAGAGGAGCUUAUUCUCACAGGAGAUGGGUCAGUUGAUCGGCAUGGCCGUCCGGCGGUACGGGGGAAAACAGGAAACUGGGUUUCUGGAGUUCUGAUAUUGGUGAAUCAAGGAUUGGCAACGCUGGCAUUCUUCGGGGUGGGAGUGAACCUGGUGCUGUUCCUGACGAGGGUUGUGGGUCAAGACAACGCCAGUGCAGCUAACAACGUGAGCAAGUGGACGGGCACUGUCUACAUCUUCUCCCUGUUGGGUGCCUUCCUCAGCGACUCCUACUGGGGGAGGUACAAGACUUGUGCCAUCUUCCAGUCCAUCUUUGUCCUAGGGCUAGCAUCACUAUCCCUCUCAUCGUACCUAAUCCUCCUAAAGCCCAAGGGCUGCGGGGAUGAGCAGAAACCCUGCGGGUCCCACUCGGCCUUCGAGAUGGCCGUCUUCUACGUCUCGAUCUAUAUGGUCGCCCUCGGGAACGGAGGGUACCAGCCCACCAUAGCCACAUUUGGGGCGGACCAGUUUGACGAGGAGGACCCUAAGGAAGGGCACUCCAAGGUUGCCUUCUUCAGCUAUUUCUACUUGGCCCUCAACCUGGGCUCCCUCUUCUCGAACACCGUCUUGGGCUACUUCGAGGACGGGGGCCAAUGGGCCUUGGGUUUUUGGGCCUCCACUGCUUCAGCAGCCCUGGCCCUCGUGCUGUUCCUCUGCGGCACCCCAAGGUACCGGCACUUUAGGCCCAUGGGCAACCCCCUGUCCAGAUUCUGCCAGGUCCUUACUGCUGCAUCUAGGAAGUGGACGGUCAAGGUCGAGGGGGAGGAGGAACUGUUCGAAGUGGACGAUCAGGAUCGCUCGGCGAAUGGUGACAGGAGGAUUCUUCAUACUCAAGGAUUCAAGUUCCUGGAUAGAGCAGCAACAGUCACCCCAAGCGAUUUUUCCGUAUAUCAGAGCGGGAAGCAAAACAACAUCGAAAUCAAUCGGUGGAGACUGUGCGCAGUGACUCAGGUCGAGGAGGUGAAGUGUGUCUUGCGGCUCCUCCCCAUUUGGCUCUGCACGAUCCUCUACUCGGUCGUAUUCACCCAGAUGGCAUCACUCUUCGUCGAGCAAGGGGCUGCAAUGCAGUCCACUGUCUCCGGCUUCCACAUUCCCCCGGCGAGCAUGUCGAGCUUUGACAUCCUCAGCGUGGCGGCCUUCAUCUUCAUCUACAGGCGUGUCCUCGACCCGGUUGUCGCGAGGCUGAGGACAAAGCCCAAGGGGCUAACUGAGCUUCAGAGGAUGGGCAUCGGCCUUGUGAUUGCCAUCCUAGCAAUGGUCUCAGCUGGUACAGUCGAAUGCUUCAGGCUGAAGUACGCAACAAAAGAGUGCCCGACCUGUGAGAGCUCCAGCACCCUGAGCAUAUUCUGGCAGGUUCCCCAAUAUGUGCUCAUCGGGGCAUCCGAGGUUUUCAUGUAUGUCGGGCAACUGGAGUUCUUUAACUCACAGACACCCGAUGGGCUAAAGAGCUUCGGGAGCGCCCUCUGCAUGACUUCGAUUUCCCUCGGGAACUAUGUGAGCAGCCUCCUGGUGAGCAUAGUGAUGAAGUUCUCAGCGACAGAUGACAUGCCCGGUUGGAUUCCGCGGAACCUAAACAGAGGUCACCUAGAUCGGUUUUAUUUCCUCUUAGCGGCUCUCACAACAGCUGAUUUAGUCGUGUACGUCCUCUGCGCGAGGUGGUAUCAGUACAUUGAGUUUGAGAGGAAAAGCAUGCAACCGGACGAUAGCAACCAGGACUGCGCCGAUCACAGAGUUUAAGGAUUUAUGACGUGCGUUACACAAGAAUAUUGUACUAGGAAGCAUCUGUGACUAAAUAAGAAAGAGAAUUGCGUAUGUACCGUAAAUUAUGAUGUACCUGAGCAGUGAAACUUGAGGAAGUUCUUCAUCUUCUCAAGAAGAGCUUAUUGAUUAUAGUGCUAUCAGUUGUUCAUGCAGAAUUUGCUCAGGAACAACAGACAUAUUCUUAAAGGUGCAAAACGCCUAAUUAAUAUUAUCCACUAGCUACUUGUAAUUUUUCAAUUAAUUAUAAA